AUGCUGCACAAGGAGCUGUUCGUACAGCCCAUCGCCGUCGUCCUCCAACAGAUGUCCAUGGCAUACCGAGCACGCCACAUCUUCAACGAAGAAUUCAAGCUGAUUGACACCAAAUCAUUUCCCUUCAAGCGGAGCUUGGCAUCUCUGUCCUCACAUCCAUUCAGAGCCUCGUACGCCCACGCCAGGGUCCUUGCGGACAACGCCGGUGCAGCAGAUUCCGAGACCUUGCGGGAGAAACAUAUCGUCAUAAACGCUUACAUCAGAAAGCAGGCCAAUCUUCUUAGCACAAAGCUGUGGUCGUCGUAUUGGGGCAAGCGCAUCGAGUCCGAGACGUCGAAUCGUGGGCUCAGCGGCAGGCCAGCCGCGUUGGCUGAUGAUUGGGGCAGGGAAAAUAUCAAACGUCACAGAGGGCUUUCGCGUGCCCAGAGCACUGUUCUCAUCCAGUGCCGAACCGACUUCAUUGGCCUCGAUUCUUUCCUCUAUCCGAGAAAGCUCGCCGAGACAGAUAUGUGUUCUUGCGGCUUUGCAAAACACACAGUUGAGCAUCUCUUCUAUGAAUGCCCCUUACUCAGCAAGGAAAGGAGGAACCUGCCCCUCAAGGCAUAUGUUAUCACCAAAGGGAAGCAACAAGGUCGUUGGGAGAACGUAAAUGUCGAACAGAUGCGGAUGUGGAAGAAUCUGACCUUUAGGGAAACCCCUGUGACCGGCAAAGGGGCCAACAAAUUUGGGAUCAGAGAGGUCUCUAUUGAGACGUUACUGAGCAAACACCCUGAUGUGACCUCGACUUGGGCAAUCCAUCACUUUGGUCUCAGUCAGUUUGAGUGGACAGACCAGCACAUGAUCUAUGGUCCGUCCAAGAAACAUCCUCAUCUCCUUUUCGAAGGAACAUAG